CAUGGCGUUUGCACGGUUACUACUUCACCUCUUCCUUAUUAGUUUACUCCUUGGAGAACUCCUGGCAGUGGAGCACUUUAUUGUGGGUGGCCAGAAUGCCGCCGAGGGAGAUGCUCCGUAUCAGGUGUCGCUGCAAACGCUUUUGGGCAGUCACCUGUGUGGUGGCGCCAUCAUCUCGGAUCGCUGGGUACUGACGGCGGGUCAUUGUGUCAAGGGUUACCCAGCCAGUCGACUGCAAGUGGCCACUGGAACAGUUCGCUAUGCGCAACCGGGAGCUCUUUAUUACCCGGAAGCUAUAUACCUGCACUGCAAUUACGACAGUCCCAAGUACCACAAUGACAUUGGCCUGCUGCAAUUGAACGAGAGUAUUAGCUUUGAUGCUUUAACACAGGCUGUGUUGCUUCCGACAUCAUCUCUACCUCAAGGAACUUCGGAGCUGGUCUUCACCGGAUGGGGAUCCCAGUCGGCGGCGGGAAGUUUACCAUCCCAAUUGCAGCGCGUCCAGCAGCAACAUCUCAGCAGCCAGGUCUGCAAAUCCCUGCUCUCCGCCUACGAGGAUCUGGAACUGGGUCCCUGCCACAUCUGUGCCUAUCGGCAGGCCAACAUUGGAGCCUGCCACGGCGACUCUGGUGGGCCAUUGGUCUACCAGGGCACUCUGAUGGGCAUACUCAACUUUUUCGUACCUUGUGCUCAGGGCGUGCCGGAUCUAUUUAUGGACAUCAUGUACUACCGCGACUGGAUGCGACAAACAAUGAGUGGCAAUGGCAAGUGUGCGCAGGUCAAUCAGCAGACAAUAAUUGGCUAA